UGACACCCGAAUGACAACACUUGCUUAGGUUAUAGUAGAUUGUUUUGUAGGUAAAUAAUAAAUAUCAUUAACAAAAUCCCUGAUUAUAAGAAGGGUUUCAUUUUUUCACAUCCAUAAACACAUACAGAAUACUCAACGUGAAUGGAAAUAACAUCAGCCGCCGUAAAUGCUUUGAAGUGGCCACUUUGAUAACUUUUAUUGUAUUAUCAUAUAUUAUCAUUUCUCGAGGAUAAAAUAGUCAUGAGCUCGCUACUGCUUUCUCUUCCCGAACUAUUCAAUUCCUACAAGACUUGGGUGAGCAAAAACCCGCAAAUAGCCAGUGACUAUGAAAGUACUGCCAAGUGGAUCUCCUACUUCCUAGCAGGUCGUAUAAACAAUUCUCACUUAGUAUCUGAGCUGGUUUAUUGCCUGUCCAAUUUGCUGGUGUUAUUUAAUGAUGGCGUUAUCAAGCAAUCUAUGCAGCUUAAAUCAACGGCCACAGUGGAAAAGAUCAAAGUGUGGCUGGCUAUUGUCGAAUACUCUGAAGUGUUUUGCGAGUUAUCCGUGCAAAAACUGUGGGGAAAUACCGGCAAAUGGAUCCUCAUUGUGGCAAUACAAGUGUUUAAGUGUAUUGCAAGAUUGCUGCUGAUUUACAAGCACAAUGAAACGAUAGUUGAAAACCCAACUAUAGCGCCACUGGAUCGAGGAAACAUUGCAAAGUGCCAAAAGGGAGGCUCUAAACAUUUGCUGGGAAUCGGACAGAGUGAAUUUGACUCGGUUUCGUUCACUUUGAAAAGGUCUGGACGUGUGGUUCGUAAGGUUGAGUCUUCACCGCCCAUUGGCCUCAGGAAUUGGAAACCUGUGGAACUUCAAGCGCAAAAGCUUCCAACGGAUUUUACCGAGCAACAGAAUGGAGCUAGUAUCAGUAAACGCCAACUGAUUGCGGAGACUUUAUAUGUGACCAAGCCUCUUAUCCACUUGGCUUCUAUGGGAGUUUUUGGAAAAACCACUUGGAAGCCUUGGGUCAUAUCACUGGCAAUUGAUUUAACUAGCUUGCAGCUGUAUAAAUCUACACAACAGACCAAGACGUCUUUAUCGAAAAAGCAGCAGCUGCAGCUGUCCAAGAGAACCAUGCUGCUUUUGCUGUACCUUCUCAGGUCCCCAUUUUAUGAAAAACACAGUGGAGACAAGCUGGACGCUUUCUUAAUAGCUCUAAGCAACAAUCUACCGCUUGCAAAAUUAAUAUGCACCCCUUUGAUGCAAUAUUUGCCGUUCUGGCAAAGCAACUAUUUCUAUAUGUGGUCUUCCUAGGAAUCAUAGGGAUUUAAGUAAAUGUAUCAGUUGACAAACAUUUAUUGGGGCUUUUGUUGGUACAUAAAGGUGAAAUAAUCCGGGAUUUUCUUUGGUAUAAGGUUAUAAGCUCUAUAUAGUACAUAUGUAUUUAUAAGCGAUGCACUUGACAAUUGCAUUACCAUGGUUUUUGGUAAUCAGCACUUUGAAAUUAGAUUUACGCUGUACAAGUGAAAUCGAGAUUGUUUAUAUUGUUGAAUAAAUUUUUAUAUUUUG